AUGGAACCCCUCCAGAAGACCCUCAUCGAUCCUCUCCAGCCCUACCUGCGUCCGGUCGUCUCGUCCCUGCCGGAACCUGUUCAUGAUGCUAUCAAGACCUUGAUUGGAAAUACCUGUCACAACGCUCUCGUGGUAGAUUUGGAUGUCACCAAGGAUGCCGCUUGCACGUCCCUCGCUAUCUCCAAGGCAUUGGGCAUUGCCAUUGUUGGUGCCAGUGCUAUCGUGAAGGUGCCGCAGAUCUUGAAGCUGAUCGGAUCUCGCUCGUCGGCCGGCGUGUCCUUCGUGUCGUACGCUCUCGAAACCGCUAGUCUGCUCAUCACGUUGUCGUACAGCGUGCGCAACCAGUUCCCGUUCAGCACCUAUGGCGAGUCGGCCUUGAUCGCGGUUCAGGAUGUGGUGGUGGGCGUGCUGGUGUUGACCUUCGCGGGUCGUUCGGCCGGUGCAGCGGCCUUCAUCGCCGUCGUUGCGGCCAGCGUGUAUGCGCUCUUGGUGGAUCAUACCUUGGUGGAUGCGCAGACCAUGUCAUAUCUGCAAGCCGGUGCUGGUGCCCUUGGCGUGGCCAGCAAGGCACCGCAGAUCUACACCAUUUGGCGCGAGGGUGGAACCGGACAGCUGAGCGCGUUUGCGGUCUUCAACUACCUCGCCGGCUCUCUCUCUCGUAUCUUCACCACCCUCCAGGAGGUGGACGACCAGCUGAUCUUGUACGGAUUCUGCGCCGGAUUCAGCUUGAACCUGAUCCUCGCCUUCCAGAUGCUGUGGUACUGGAACACCCCGACCAAGCCGAAGAAGCAGGCCACCAAGUCCAAGUCCAAGUCCAAGCCGGUCGAGAAGGCCACUCCGGUGACUCCUGCUGCGCGCAGCUCGGGAGCAUCCCCAUCUCCGAAGCCCUCUGGCAAGACACCGACCACGCGCCGACGGGGUUGA